AUGUCCACCCACAAGACGUACAUAGUCGAGCACCUCGACCCGGAGCUGGGCCCAUGGUCCGAACUCGAGUACCUCACCAUUGCCCGGGAAACCCACCGCGCCGGCGGCGUCUUCUGCCUGUCGUCGCUGCCGCCCGACUUCAAGGUCCCGGACCGCCUGGCUGCCGAGCCGGCCUUCGAGGCGGAGACCCGCGGCGUCGAGGAGAUGUACCCCACGGCUGGCGGGGAGGGUGCGGGCGCGGGCGCGAAGGGGGAGAAGGGCCGUGUGUGUUUGCUUGAUCCACAGGCGGAGAAGGAUUUGAGUCCUGAGGACAGGGGGGAGUUUGAUGUCUUCCUUUUUGGAGGCAUCCUCGGUGACGAUCCGCCACGGGAUCGCACGGGCGAGCUCCGCAAGAAGGGCUUCGCAGGCCGCCGGCUGGGCCCCGUACAGAUGACGACUGACACGGCAGUUCGCGUUACACGGAUGGUCGUUGAGGAACAGUUCACGCUGGAUACAGUGCCGUACCUGGACUUCCCGGAGCUCAAGUUCAACGAGCACGAGAGCUCGCAGAUGCCGUUUCGGUACGUGAAGAGCCCUGAUGAACAGCCGGUCAUGCCCGAGGGUAUGGUGAACUUGAUCAAGAAGGACGCCGAUAAAAGCAUUGACGAUCUCUUCUGA